AUGCUAACCGCCAGCUGCAGAAUCAUAUCAGCUCUGAUCAAAGUGACUGCAGUCUCCAAAGUCAAACGCUCCCCGAACGUGUCCCAAUCUGGCGACGAUUCAUCUUCCGCGAAUCAUUUCUCUCCUGUGGUUGAUGGUGCUCACCUGGUCUCCUCUGCCCCCCACAGUCGCCCCGGCCUGCUCUCCUCUGAUCCCUCGUACCCCUGGUUAGCUGACUCCUGGCCGGCCCCCAGCCUCCCGGUCACCAGCAGCUCCGGAGGGCCCAACGAGCUCAGCAACUUCGGCCGCUCAGAGCACUCUGGACAGGAGAAGAGCGCCACCAUGCUGUCGGACGGAGCCAUCUACAGCUCCAUCGACUUCACCAGCAAAGGCAGCUACAACAGUCCCUGCAGCCAGCCCCAGUCCUGCCAGGCCACGCCCUACGCCACCACACAGAUCCUGCACUCCUCCAGCAUCCACGAGCUGGCCGUGGAGCUGCCCGACUCCCAGUGGAAGACCUCUCUCCAGACCAAACACGACAUGGCCAGUCUGGGAUACUCUCUGCCCGAGAAGGGCUCUUGCAACAACACCCUCCUUUUCAUUCCUGACCACCGAUUGGCCGAGGGGCUGUCUAACAGAAUCCCGCACAACCAAUCGCAGGACUUCAGCUCGGGCAGCUCAGAGCGCAGCAGCCAAUCAGCCCCCCCGGCCCCCCCGCGGCCCCUGUCCCCCUCCCACACCUACAGCUACAUCACACAUGGUCUGGACGAGACGGAGGAGGAGGAGCUGCUGGACACGGACGGCGAGCUGAGGCCGCCACAGUACCACCCCCACCGCCGCCUGCUGCUGCGGACCCCCGGCUCCAGCACCGGGGACCUGGACCUGGACAGCUCCGUCACCGGCUCCAUGGUGAACGGCUGGGGCUCGGCGUCUGAGGAGGAGAACGUGUCCUCGGGUCGCUCCAGCGCCGUCAGCUCCUCGGACGGAUCCUUCUUCACGGACGCUGACUUCGCUCAGGCCGUGGCGGCGGCGGCGGACUACCAGGGGCUCCGGGCGGGGCCCAAGUACGGCACACAGGGACCGGAGGGCGGGGCCAACUCAGCACGAAAAUACCAAAUAAUGGGUCAUGGUGUGCGGCCGGCCAGCCCCGUGUCCACAGACAGCUCCAUGAGCCUGGCCGCGGUGCAGAGGAGGCCCCAGAGGAAGCACAAGCAGCACCCUGGGGGGCAGCACCUAGGAGGGCAGCACCCUGGGGGGCAGCACCCUGGGGGGCAGCACCCUGGGGGGCAGCACCCUGGUGGACAGCACCCUGGUGGACAGCACCCAGGAGGGCCACACCCUGGGGGGCCGCGGCGGGAAGCAUACAGCGAUGAUCUGCCGCCUCCCCCCGUCCCCCCUCCAGCGGGGCCCCAGUCCCCCACACACCCCUGUAAGACCCCCGAGGGCCGAGGCGUGCUCUCCCCCAAGGAAAAGAGAGGAGGCAGCUACCGGCCCCGAGACCCCCCCUCCGGGCCCCGGGACCCCUGCUCUGAGCACAGAGGGUCUGCGGAGAGGAGAGAGGGCGGGGUUAAAGGCAGCAAGACCCGUCAGCAUACAGGCUCGGAGGACAUCCUGCCUUACAGUCGGCCUCAGUUCCCGUCGGUGAACGGCCCUCAGCCCAGCUCCUCCAGCUCCAUGUCCUCCAGAGGGUCUGGGGGCCGCAGGAGAGGGGAGGGGCCCACGAGGAGGAACCAGGCUGACACCACAGGGGCCUUCACACCGGGGGAGGAGGAGGAGAGAGAGACGCUCGAGAGCUGA